CUAAAUCUGAUACUCACUAUCAUCAGUUUUAAUGCGGUCUGUGGCUGUGAUAUAAUUUAGUUUGUUUGUCUGUAGUCCCAAAAUACCACGAACACCAAUGCAGUUCUGAGGGCAAAGGCCAAGGGGUUCCUCAACAUAGCCAAGGAUGGUGGGGUGCUCAGGUUAUGCUGCCUUCUCCAUGACACCAUCUAUCAACUGAGCAGCCUCUCCAAGUCACUGCAGAGGUCCGUGUCAGCCCUGGCUGAAGCUCAGAGUCUCAAGCUGUCAUUCAAAAGUACAAGUCAAGACCUGGGCCUAAGAUGAGAUCAGUGCUGGACACAGACACAUGUGGCAAGGUGGAGACACGAGGGCCCGGGCGGGAUUCGAUCCCCAGACUCCCGGGUGAGAGUCAUACGCUCUAACCAGUCAGCCAAAGGGACAUCCCCUUGGCCAAGUAGCCAGGGCGCAUGAUCAAUCGGGACAUUGUGACAGGACACUCACACUGUCACACACAUAUGAGGGAGUCCUUCUGAAGCCUUCUGAUGCUGGCCAGCACAACAAGGCAAAUAACGAGUUGAUCGAUUCUCUGUGUCAAUGCAUCACUGCGAGAUUUAGUGAUGUGAACAGUGGUGUCCUGCAUGCUAUGCGACUGACCAGUUUCCAGUGCUGGCCAGAGGCAGACACGAGUUUCGAUUUUGGUGAUGAGGAGAUAAACAAGCUCACAAGUCACUUCUGACCUCUUCUGCUGUCUGCUGGAGUGGAUGUGGACUUGAUCCCUGAUCAAUGGACAAUUGUUAAGGCUGAACUGUACACAGCAGGAUUUAGCCAAGGAACUUUUGAGAAAACCUGGCCUACUGUGAACAGAAUGCUGCACCAUCGGUGUCCUGACGUCCUUUACCUCUUUGAUGCUCUCCUCACCAUCCCUGCAAGUACAGCUGACUGUGAAAGAGGGUUCAGUGUCAUGAAGCAGGUGGCGGUAACACGUUCAUUGUUCUCCGAGCGCCAACCAAAACCAAGACGAAGAAGAAGUAAAGGACUGUUGGCAAGGUUAGCUUGUUGUAUGAGGUGAAUGUUGAGUCUCUGGGUUAAACCAUCGACAUAUAUACGGCUUAAACAUGUAUUCAGGAGAGUCUCUGAUGGAGUUUGUCAACAAGCAAGUAGCUACUGCUAGAAAACUCAUCACGAAGGUUGAAGAAGCCUUGGCCCAGUUCGAGGAAGGGCUCGGUAGUCAGCGUAGACUGUCGGAUAUGAGCUGGGAUCCACAGAGCAGCUCACAUGGAGCAGAACUUCCACAGCAUCAUGUCUGGGAUAACAAGAUGGCUCUGACUGACCAGCAGCUCUCUAAACAGAAAUGGACCUCCAAUUUGGACCAGAAGGAACCAGAACCUCCACUGAUGAAAGAGGAACAACAAGAACUCCUUAUCCAUCAGCAUGAAGGGCAGUUUCUUCUGAAGCAGGAAGUUGUUACCUUCAUGGAGCCCUCUCCUUCUGAAGAAACAGACUGUCAUGAACCAGAACCAAACAAGAACCAACCCUUGUGUCAGAGUACUACAGAAGCUGAGAACCAAGAUCAGGGUGGAUGCAGGAAAGAAAACUCAGAAUCAAACAGCGAUGGACUGACGCAUAAUAAAAUAUGCCAAUCCAAAGAUCACAGAGACAGUGUAGAUGAUAAAAAACAAAAAAGGCACAAGAGGGCUCACACAGGUGAGAAGCCAUAUCCAUGUAAAACUUGUGGUAAAUGUUUUAGUGUCAGUAGUACCUUGACUACACACAUGAGAACUCACACAGGUGAGAAGCCAUAUCCAUGUAAAACUUGUGGUAAAUGUUUUAGUGACAGUAGAACCUUGACUACACACAUGAGAACUCACACAGGUGAGAAGCCAUAUCCAUGUAAAACUUGUGGUAAAUGUUUUGGUGUCAGUAGUUCCUUGACUAAACACAUGAGAACUCACACAGGUGAGAAGCCAUAUCCAAGUAAAACCUCUGGUAAAUGUUUUAGUGGCAGUGGUCACUUGACUAAACACGUGAGAACUCACACAGGUGAGAAGCCAUAUCCAUGUAAAACUUGUGGUAAAUGUUUUAGUGACAGUGGUCACUUGACUAAACACAUGAGAACUCACACAGGUGAGAAGCCAUAUCCAUGUAAAACUUGUGGUAAAUGUUUUAGUGACAGUGGUCGCUUGACUAAACACAUGAGAACUCACACAGGUGAGAAGCCAUAUCCAUGUAAAACUUGUGGUAAAUGUUUUAGUGACAGUGGUCACUUGACUAAACACAUGAGAACUCACACAGGUGAGAAGCCAUAUCCAUGUAAAACUUGUGGUAAAUGUUUUAGUGACAGUGGUCACUUGACUAAACACAUGAGAACUCACACAGGUGAGAAGCCAUAUCCAUGUAAAACUUGUGGUAAAUGUUUUAGUGACAGUGGUCACUUGACUAAACACAUGAGAACUCACACAGGUGAGAAGCCAUAUCCAUGUAAAACUUGUGGUAAAUGUUUUAGUGUCAGUGGUCACUUGACUAUACACAUGAGAUCUCACACAGGUGAGAAGCCAUAUCCAUGUAAAACUUGUGGUAAAUGUUUUAGUGACAGUGGUCCCUUGACUAUACACAUGAGAACUCACACAGGUGAGAAGCCAUAUCCAUGUAAAACUUGUGGUAAAUGUUUUAGUGACAGUGGUUCCUUGAAUACACACAUGAGAACUCACACAGGUGCGAAGCCAUAUCCAUGUAAAACUUGUGGUAAAUGUUUUAGUGUCAGUGGUUCCUUGACUAGACACAUGAGAACUCACACAGGUGAGAAGCCAUAUCCAUGUAGAACUUGUGGUAAAUUUCUUAGUGACAGUGGUUCCUUGACUACACACAUGAGAACUCACACAGGUGAGAAGCCAUUUCAAUGUAAAUGUUGUAGUAAAUUUUUCUCACAGAGUACUGCUUUGACUACUCACAUGAGAACUCACACAGGUGAGAAGCCAUAUUCAUGUAAAACUUGUGGUAAAUGUUUUAGUGCCAGUGGUCACUUGACUACACACAUGAGAACUCACACAGGUGAGAAGCCAUUUCAAUGUAAAUGUUGUAGUAAAUUUUUCUCACAGAGUACUGCUUUGACUACACACAUGAGAACUCACACAGGUGAGAAGCCAUAUUCAUGUAAAACUUGUGGUAAAUGUUUUAGUGACAGUAGUUCCUUGACUACACACAUGAGAACUCACAUUAUAUCAUUGAAUUGCUAAAGCCUCAUACUCCAACCCGAGCCCUCAGGUCCACAAACUAGAACCUUCUAGAAGUUCCAAAGACCAAUUAUAGAAGUCCAGGUGAUGGCUCCUUCCAGACUGUUGCACCCUGACAUUGGAGUGGUCCUCCUUUUAGCCUUACUAGUCUUGACAGUCUGGACACUUUAAAAAAAACAGCUGAAGACCCUUUCAUUUAAAGCUGCUAUAUCUAAAUAUAGUAUUUUCUUAUUUUUAACUCAAAUUUGUAAUCAUCUUUCAUUUGAUAAUGGUAUUUUAUAAAUAUGUGACUUAGAUUUUUAUUUCUGUUUUAAGAUCACUAUGAUUUUAUGACUUAAUGAUUUGUUUUGAUCUAUGUGACACACCAUGUGAUUUUCUGUCUGUAAUGAGUGCUAUAUUAAUAAAAUAUACAUACAUGUGAAAAGCCAUA